UCACAAGUUUAAACAAAUUAAACGUUUACACGUAAAUGUUUGACUCUCUUUUGAUCCUGCUAAAUUUUACCAAAACAGCCAAAAACCUUUGAAUACUGCUAAGAUUUUUUUCUAAUUAUUAUUUAUCUCUAUCUCUCUCUUUUGCUCUGGUGCCGCCAUGGAUCUUCUUUGUUGGAGCUCGAUGAAAUGCAUCUCGGAGGAUAUUCACGCAAAAUCCAUGACCGUUGGCAAAUACUUCAUCGUAAACCCUAACGAUGAACACCAUCCUCUCCCUGAUUCUCACAAAAUCAUCGUCCAGGUGAUGUCGCCACAAGGGACGAUGCUGCACGAAGCCGAUAAUACGGAGUCUGGCCAGUUCUCGUUUACUGCAUCUGAGACCGGUAGUUACUUAGCGUGCAUCACCGCCGUCGAUCAUAAGCCGGAAACAACAUUGACCAUUGAUCUAGAUUGGAGGUCUGGUGUUCACUCCCAAGACUGGUCGAAAGUGGUUCUCCACAUCCAUGUGAACGACGAAAGACGGUUGUUUUCUAGCACUACGUGCUAA